UUUUGUUUAAAACUAUUUUCAGUUUGAUGCUUUUUGGCCAUGUAUCAAGGCUAUCUUCGCAGCAGUGAUAUUGAUGCUGCCCCGCAGUAUGUUCCUGAUGAGCAUGAGGCCCUGUCCUUGUUCCAGUACAUGGACUGUCUCCAACUGCAAGAAUAUCUUGAUAACCAAAACAAAUUAGAUGAGCACAUUCGGGAUUUGAAUCAAGUAAAAAAAAUUGAGAAAGACAAGAAGAUUAUCAUUGAAAAGAACAGAGCCUUGGCAGAGUUCAACAUGACCUUGCAGAGACCAUUUGCUGAUUUAAAAACUGCAGUGGGACAGGCAUAUGAAGAGAUGAACCAACUAAAAGAGUCCAUAAGAAGUGAUUUGGCAACACUGGAAUCCCAGUCCCUGAGUCAGUCACAAGACACUAUGAUGGCCAUCUGUCAGACAGAGGUGGCACAGGCGGAUGAAGAAUCAGAGAACAUUGCAGAUGCGUUUUCCCGAGGAGAAUUAUUGAUUGAGACAUUUAUAAGUGAAUAUGUGGACAAGCGCACACAUGCAAAUAUUAAACGAGCAAAACUAGAAAAAUUAACUGACUUGAUUCGACAAAAUGGUGGGCCAUCCCCUAGUUCUGUUGCUCCAUACCCUGUGAAUAAUUACAUAUCAAAGUCAACUGAUUCUGGAUUCAGUCAGGCUCCAUAUGGCCAAACACCCUACCCGACAAGUUACAGUGGUAUGCCUGUUCCUCAAAUCUACCGAUGAGAUUAUGAAAAUGUAUUCAUUUGAUGUGAUUUUAGCUCUUCCCGUCAUUGAACAAUGUUUUGUUGUGUUUUAACCAUAUUAGCUCUUGCAAAAUGCACAAAAGCAAUUACUGU